AAAACAAGUGCUUAUAAUUGCGAGGAAGUGAGGAAAAUUGCAAAAUACUGCCUUUGUGGUGCACUCCUAGAGGAGUUUAGGUGGUCGCAGCCAUGCAGUGUCGCCUGUGCUUGAGUGAGGACCUCAAGGAUAUCAUGACUUGUGCGGAUUUCCCUGAGAUGUUUGAUAUUGUCCAGCAGACACUUCUCAUCUCGCUGAACGAGAACGAUGAUCUGCCGCAGACAAUCUGUAUGCAUUGCUACGAACUCACGAUGGAGUUCUACACCUUCCGGACGCGAUGUCUGGAGAACCAGAAGACCUUGAAUAUUAACCGUCUGAGGCAGCGGGUGGCGCAGAAAAUGAAGAAUGAGGAGGACAACGAGGUGAUUUUCGUGAGUGAAACCAAAGUAGACGAUUCGCCAGCCAACGUUGCCCCAAAACUGAACACUUAUGAUGAUCUCACGAGGAAGAGGAGGUUGAAUUCUCAGACUUCUCCGCCGUCACUCAAGGUGAGGGUCCUGGAGAGUCCCAAGGAUUUAAACAGGAUGCACGGAAUAAAGCCUUGCAGUGUCUCUGUGGAGCGCCUGACGCCGAGAGCUGUGGAACAGUCUCCGAAAAAGUACAACAGACUCAAAUCUGGGUCUCCCAAAGCCAAAUACAUCAACAACAAGGCGUACGCGAAUGACCACAGUUACUUCGUGAGCAGGAGGACUUCAGUGGCAGCAGACAAUCCAAAGAGCCUCAUUCAGGACAUCAGAACAUACUGCAAGCCCACAACACCAAACCCUGGAGAGUCUUCGCGAGCUCAAGACUCACUGUCCGACACGGAUGUCGCAAAUCCAUCUCUGCCGCGCAUAAAAGUGCUCUCCAGCGCUGAAAUCAACUCUCGCGCCACCAUCUCGAGCCAGAGGACACACAAUGCGCUGACUUGCACACUGGUGAACGAUGGCGGUCGCCUGGAGUUCAGCUUCAAAGAUGAGAAGUGUAAUUCUGUGGACUUUUGGAAGUUGACCGAUCGCCAGAAGCAGGAUGUUCUCGUGACAUUCCAGCCGGAGCACGUCUCGAGGAAGCUGAAGAUGUCCUUCAGUCAGGUGCCCAUCUCGCGGGAAAUGGAGAGGAAGCUCAUGUCUCUCUACAACGGUCAAAUUCCCUUUGGUGUCAUCGUCAGGGAGUGAGAAGACAACAAAUUAUGGCGUUCGGAAUUUCGGCUGUAUUGUAAAAAGAAGGAAAAAUGCGUUAAUACACGUUUCACUUAGAA